AAAAGAAAGCAUUUUUUAUUCUCAAAUAAUAACGAAUUGGGCCGCGUGUGCAACGGCCCAACAUUUAUUCAAAUCAAACGAGGAUGCAACGCUAUGGAAUCGAUUUGCCCAUUGGCGAGGAAAAAAAAGAAAGAAUAAGAAAACAUCCUUGGAGCGGCCGAAAGUGGCUGCUUUUCUACGCUCUCUCGUCUUUCUCUCUAUCUUCAACGGCUUUCUUUAAGCUUACGAACUGAACUGCACACUCACCAUCUCCAAACCCUAAUUUCCUCUGACUUCCCUUCAACAAUGGUGCCUUUCACAAUCCUUUUCUCUGAACCUAUGUAUCUGGCAUGAGAAAGAUACCGGACCUAACACUACACGUUUUCAAGAAGUAGUAUUUUUGAUGCACCAAUGGCUGACCUCGAUCCAUCAAAGAAAGUGGCUGAUAGAUAUUUAAAGCGUGAGGUUCUUGGAGAGGGUACCUAUGGUGUUGUAUAUAAAGCCAUUGAUACUCAGACAGGUCAGACGGUUGCAAUCAAGAAAAUUCGGCUUGGGAAACAAAAAGAGGGAGUAAAUUUUACGGCUCUUCGAGAAAUCAAGCUGCUUAAAGAGCUAAAAGAUUCAAAUAUAAUUGAGUUAAUUGAUGCAUUCCCUCACAAAGGGAAUUUGCAUCUUGUAUUUGAAUUUAUGGAGACAGACCUUGAGGCUGUUAUACGUGAUCGAAACAUAUUUCUUUCCCCAGCUGACAUCAAAUCAUACCUUCAGAUGACGUUGAAAGGCCUUGCAUAUUGCCACAAGAAAUGGGUUUUGCAUAGGGAUAUGAAGCCAAAUAAUUUGUUGAUAGGAUCAAAUGGUCAACUGAAACUUGCAGAUUUUGGUUUGGCUCGGAUAUUUGGGAGUCCGGAUCGUAGAUUUACUCACCAGGUGUUUGCUCGAUGGUACAGAGCACCUGAGCUAUUGUUUGGUACUAAGCAAUAUGGUUCUGCAGUGGAUGUUUGGGCAGCAGCUUGUAUUUUUGCUGAACUACUACUUCGUCGACCUUUUCUUCAGGGUUCAAGUGACAUUGAUCAAUUAGGGAAGAUUUUUGCAGCGUUUGGAACGCCUACGCCUUCACAAUGGCCUGAUAUGUUAUACCUACCUGAUUACGUUGAGUUCCAAUAUGUCCCUGCACCUCCUCUAAGAUCAUUGUUUCCUAUGGCUAGUGAUGACACGCUGGAUCUCCUAUCAAAGAUGUUUGCCUAUGAUCCAAAAUCUAGAAUUACUAUUCAACAAGCAUUGGAGCAUAGGUACUUCACAUCUGCACCACUUCCCACAGAUCCUAGUAAGCUUCCAAGGCCUACUUCAAAGCGCGAACCUACAAACACGAACUCUCGAGUUUUGGAUUUAAAUUCAAAUGACGGUCCUACUGUACUUUCACCUCCAAGAAAGUCAAGAAGAGUAAUGCCAGAUCGUGAGGCUUUUGAAGGCAAUGCAUAUAGAGCUGAUAGGCUUGAUGACCAUGUUAAUGAGGUGCGAGAGUUAGCUGCUGGAAAUACGAGCAAGAAUGAAGCAGUGCCUAUGUCGUUAGAUUUUUCUGUAUUUGGUGGGAAACCUCCAAAUAGACCUACAAUUAACAGUGCUGACCGAUCACAUCUUAAAAGGAAAUUAGAUCUUGAAUUCCAGCAAUAAGGAGACUCCGUAUCAUUAUACUGCAAUAUGAGUUCGGCCUUUCAAUUGAAUGCUAUCCUGCAUUUAUGAGGUACAAUAUCUUUCAAGUUUGUUCGAACUUGAACAUUCUCUUUUUUUCCUUGUCAUGUAACCUAAUCUCUCUUUUUGUAAAAGAUCUCAUCCUGUAACCUUUACGGUUGACAAUUUUUUUACCCUUCUUUUCCUUUCCUCUUCCCAGCUAGUUAGUAUUUUAAAAGGUGAGCGUUCUUCUCAAUUGAGUGCUCGGAGAGAUGGACUUAAAUUUCCUGUAUGUUUAAGCGGCUUUGUAACUCUGUUAAUAAUGCAUCUCUUGUAAUAUUUAGAUCGGUUCAAGAUUUCUUGUGUCCAA